AUGAAGAAGGCACGAUCAGCCUCUGUCGCAUCGACAGAUCGCGCCCCGGAAUCGGACAUCAUGCAAGGCUCAUCACAAACAGGAGCAUCAGUGACCACAGCACCACCAAAUUACGCAGAAGCAUCGGCAUCGACGGAAAAGCAAGUCCAGCCUCACGAUGAGAAAGAGCCCCUGGCCUCGCCUGUCCUUUACAGUGCCGACACAAUUCAUGGAGCCGACAAGGAGACCUUUUCGCGGACGACUGACUCCGCGAAGCAAGUCAUUUCUCCUAUUGACCCAGACACAGACACCACCAAGAUCUUCGUUCCCCAGGCACCACCGAUAUCAAUGGGUCUCGAGGUCGCCGCCCCAUCCUCCUCAGAAGCCCAAGCCAUCAUCCCACCAGACUACAGCACCAUGGAAAACACCACUUCCACCUCCAGCAGAGGUCAACAAUCCAGCAUCCUCGCCUUCCGCCUCGAGAAGAAACACGCUCUUGGCCUGAUCCUCUACCAGAACCAACAAGUCGCAAUCAACCCCAUCAACAUCACCACAAACCAAGUCCUCCCCUGCGCCUUCGUCACCAGCAGUAUGUCCUUCAUCGAAGCCAUGCUGGGGCAGCCUCCCAUGUUUGAGCUCUAUAUUCCGAACACGAUUCCCACCAUUCAAGCUGGCCGCUGGAUCCCACUUGGGCUAGAGGGCAUUAUCCGCAUGCGCGGCGAGCUCGAGGUGCCCGUCCACCACAGCCAGCCCACCGAUCCCAAGAAUCCAGAUCGCUUUCCCGAGAAAUGGGAGAUCCGCCGCAAAGGCGUCAUCUUCCCUGGCCGCACCUACGAUCUCUGGCGCCGUCACCCACCCAUAUACGACCACUCCAACGACCCCAAACGCCCGCCGGACCUCGCCUGGAAAGGCAGCACCCGCACUGUUCGGGACACCCUCAAGCAGCACAAUCUUACCAACCUCCAACUCAACUCCUCAGAAAGCACCAAACACGGCAGCCUGAAGCUCAUCCACCCAGAGACCAACGAGGUGGUCGCGCUGUGGAAUCAGUGGCGCGGAGGGGAUACAUUGGGAGAUCUAUUGGUGUUUGAGGGGUCGAGGGUGAAGUACGGGAUCAGCGUAGAGGCGGUGGUCGUGAGUGUGAUAGCGGUUGUGCAUGCGGAGAGGGUUACUGGGGUGCAUUGGUUUGGUGGGAUGGGAAAGUAG